AUGAGACAUGCGUUGAUGCAAAUCAUUAUAAUUAUGAUCUCUUUUCGCAGUCGCUUUCUGAAGGAGCCACUCGUGGGAUAUUCGAAUGGAUAUCCGAGUAGCGAAAGACCAAUUUAUCAACAUUCUUGGUUGGAUUUGGAAGAUACCGACGAAGAAGAGCACGAUGAUGCAGAAUCAGACUUGGAAGCACAUCAGAGCUCGAAGAAAACGCACGUUGAAUGGUGA